AUGCCCCUCCUGGCAGAAGAUCCGAGUCUGAACUUUGCAAUCCUUCCAGACUUCGAAUCAGAAGAAUUUGAAGAAGCUCAUGCCCAACUCAUCAAUGACACAAUUGAUGACCGUUUAGCAGCAGAGCUCUUAGCCAACCUCUGGCGCGUUCAGAAUGAUGCAGACAAACAAGCUGAACACAGACAAGCGGAUGAAGCAGAAGCUCAAAAAGAAAGAACUUGCCUAGAUGAGCAAGAAGCUGCUGUAAUGGAAGAGCACAAAAAGAAUAAAUCUAAGUAUGCUCCAAUCCGUGACAUCAAUGUUCUGUCUGACCCCAUCAUUAUCCCUUGUCAAUACACUGUUUGCAAGAUGAAAUCUAGCAAGUACUGCGAACUAUUCUACUUCACUAAUAGCGGAUUGGAAGAGGCCUCCCACAUGGCUUUCACGGCUGACAAAGAUGCCCUUGUCAUGCUCCCCAUGGCUGAUGGCCUCCACAAAUGGAUUCCAGCAGGAGCAGCCAGAGACCCCAAAGUCCAGAUAGUAAAGGACAAGAACCUCACCUGGGAGCAGUUUAACGAGGCAGCCCACAUAUGAUCACCCUGAUGAAAGAAAAUGACUGGCCAGAAGACAGGAUGAACAUGCACAUCGCCUUCUGGUCGGCUCUACAAAAC